AUGAAAUUCUUCUCCAUACGAAGAAUUCUCUAUCGCAAGCUCACCCUGAAAGAGGCAGAAAAUCUUCUAGGCGUGAGCAAAAGCAGCUCUCCGAAAGAGAUCAAGAAGGCUUACCUCGAAAAAGCGAAGAAGUAUCAUCCAGAUAAUCAAGAUUCGGGCGACGCGAAGAAGUUCAGAGACUUGAAAGAAGCUGCUGAGAUCUUAGAAAACCCGGCGAAGGCAGAAAUUGAAAGGACAGAGUCGAGCUGGGACAUAAGAAACGCAAGGCAGCCAAAUCCGAAUUCGAAAUAUGAACGGAGGUAUCAACGGGAUCGUAAAGAUGCAGCCGGGCCUCAAAUGGAAUAUCGUCGACCUCCAGAAGCUACGUACUGGGUCUUUGCUCCUUUAAUUGGUACAUUCUGCGUCUUCAAACUCUACCAGUACUUUAGAGACGCCGCAGAAGAAGUGCGCCUCGAACCGUACGAAAUAACUCCCGAGCAACCAUUUGACGAGCAACUUGUGAUUUUGCUGGUGCGGAUAAAGAAACGACGGCGGUAUAGAUUUUCCAUCAAACAGCUCAUUCUGGAAUACAAUAACCACAUACAACGCGGUCUUCGCGAGCGGGUUCAAAUAAUACAACAAUUUUUAAUAAUAAAUACAGCAAUUGCCAAUUCUUGA